GAGUGGGCGGCGGGUCGGCGUAGCAGCCCCGCCGCGGCUCCGCCACCAUCGCUGAGGUGCCGCUGCUCCCACAGACGCUCGCGAGCCGCCCCCCGCGCUCCGGAGCCUCCUCUUCCUCUCGCACGCCGCGAGCCGCUCGCCCGUCUGGGCCUCGGUCCCCGCCUCCUCUGCCCCCCUGCUCGUCCCUUCUCGCGCGCCCCACAUUGUCUUUGCCUCAUUUUCUCUCUUGGUUGAGGAAAAAAAAAAAAUCACCACCCUCCUCAGCGAGCCCCUCGCCCUCCGAGAAACAAAACCAGACAUGAUCCUGGGCGCCUGCUUCUGAAGGCUCGGGCGGACCCGGAGGAGGAGGAGGCGGAGGGAGCCAGGGCUCGAGUCGCGGCAGGGAGCCCCAGCCCCGUCGCGUCCCCCGGGCGGGUCCCUCGGCCUCGGCCCGCGCCCCGCGGCCUCCAUUUUUGAAACGUUGGGGUUAUUGGAGUGGUUGGAUUUUCCCUGGAAUUGAGUGAGAAAUUCAGAAGACUGAAGCCCAGGCUUACAGUCUACCUUUCACGGAGGCCUAGCCGUGAGAGGACAGAAGAAGGCACGUGGCGAAUCAUGACAGCUGACAAAGACAAAGACAAAGACAAAGAGAAGGACCGGGACCGAGAUCGGGACCGAGAAAGAGAUAAAAGAGACAAAGCAAGAGAGAGUGAGAAUUCAAGACCACGCAGGAGCUGCACCUUGGAAGGAGGGGCCAAAAAUUAUGCUGAGAGUGAUCACAGUGAAGAUGAGGACAAUGACAACAAUAGUGCCACCACAGAGGAGUCCACCAAGAAGAACAAGAAGAAACCACCAAAAAAAAAGUCUCGUUAUGAACGGACAGAUACUGGUGAGAUAACAUCCUAUAUCACUGAGGAUGAUGUUGUCUACAGGCCAGGAGACUGUGUGUAUAUCGAGAGUCGGAGGCCAAACACACCGUAUUUCAUCUGUAGCAUUCAAGACUUCAAACUGGUCCACAACUCCCAGGCCUGUUGCAGAUCUCCAACUCCUGCUUUGUGUGACCCCCCAGCAUGCUCUCUGCCGGUGGCAUCACAGCCACCACAGCAUCUUUCUGAAGCCGGGAGAGGGCCUGUAGGGAGUAAGAGGGACCAUCUACUCAUGAACGUCAAAUGGUACUACCGUCAGUCUGAAGUUCCAGAUUCUGUGUAUCAGCAUUUGGUUCAGGAUCGGCAUAAUGAAAAUGACUCUGGAAGAGAACUUGUCAUUACAGACCCAGUUAUCAAGAACCGAGAACUCUUCAUUUCUGAUUACGUUGACACGUACCAUGCUGCUGCCCUUAGAGGGAAGUGUAACAUCUCCCAUUUUUCUGACAUAUUUGCUGCUAGAGAAUUUAAAGCCCGAGUGGACUCAUUUUUCUACAUAUUAGGCUACAACCCUGAGACAAGGAGGCUGAACAGUACUCAGGGGGAAAUUCGAGUUGGUCCUAGCCAUCAGGCCAAACUUCCAGAUUUGCAACCGUUUCCUUCUCCAGAUGGUGAUACUGUGACCCAGCAUGAGGAGCUGGUCUGGAUGCCUGGAGUGAAUGACUGUGACCUCCUUAUGUACUUGAGGGCAGCAAGGAGCAUGGCAGCGUUUGCAGGGAUGUGUGACGGAGGCUCCACGGAGGACGGCUGUGUCGCUGCAUCUCGGGAUGACACCACCCUCAAUGCACUGAACACACUACACGAGAGCAGUUACGACGCUGGCAAAGCCCUGCAGCGCCUGGUAAAGAAGCCUGUACCCAAGCUGAUUGAGAAGUGCUGGACUGAAGACGAAGUGAAACGCUUCGUUAAGGGACUCAGGCAGUACGGGAAGAACUUCUUCAGAAUUAGAAAGGAGCUGCUUCCCAAUAAGGAAACAGGGGAGCUGAUCACCUUCUAUUACUACUGGAAGAAAACCCCAGAAGCAGCCAGCUCCCGAGCCCAUCGCCGGCACCGCAGGCAAGCCGUAUUCAGGAGGAUCAAGACUCGAACUGCAUCCACACCAGUCAACACGCCCUCCAGACCCCCCUCCAGUGAAUUCUUGGACCUGAGUUCAGCCAGCGAGGAUGACUUUGACAGCGAGGACAGCGAGCAGGAGCUGAAGGGCUACGCCUGCCGGCACUGCUUCACCACCACUUCCAAAGACUGGCACCACGGGGGCCGGGAGAACAUCCUGCUCUGCACCGACUGCCGCAUCCACUUCAAGAAGUACGGCGAGCUGCCACCCAUUGAGAAGCCCGUGGACCCCCCACCGUUCAUGUUCAAGCCUGUCAAGGAGGAGGACGAUGGGCUCAGCGGGAAGCAUAGCAUGAGGACGCGGCGGAGUCGGGGCUCGAUGUCUACACUACGUAGUGGUCGGAAGAAGCAACCUGCAAGUCCUGAUGGUCGUGCCUCGCCCAUCAAUGAAGACAUCCGCUCCAGUGGCCGCAACUCCCCCAGUGCUGCCAGCACCUCCAGCAAUGACAGCAAAGCAGAGACAGUGAAGAAGUCCGCCAAGAAGGUGAAGGACGAGGCCUCGUCCCCUCUCAAGAGCACCAAGCGCCAGCGGGAGAAAGUAGCCUCUGACACAGAGGAGGCUGACAGGACCAGCUCCAAGAAGACAAAAACCCAGGAGAUCAGCCGGCCCAACUCGCCCUCCGAAGGGGAGGGAGAGAGCUCGGAUAGUCGCAGUGUCAACGAUGAGGGCAGCAGUGACCCCAAAGAUAUCGACCAGGACAAUCGCAGCACGUCCCCCAGCAUCCCCAGCCCCCAGGACAAUGAGAGUGACUCGGACUCAUCUGCUCAGCAGCAGUUGUCGCAGGCCCAGCCCCCAGCAUUGCAGGCCCCCAGUGGAGCUGCCCCGGCUCCGGCAACAGCCCCCUCAGGAGCAGCCCAGCUCUCUACCCCGGGACCCACACCCUCCACUGCUGCAGUCCCUCCACAGGGCUCCCCAGCCCCUGGACAACCCCCAAACCAGCCUCAAGCUCCUCCAGCGCCAAGCACCCAUGCCCACAUCCAGCAGGCACCUGCACUGCACCCCCCGAGGCUGCCCUCGCCACACCCUCCACUGCAGCCGCUGAGUGGGUCAGCAGGCCAGACUCCCACAGCCCAUGGCCAGCCCCCCUUGCACAGCCAGGGCCCACCAGGCCCUCAUGGCCUGCAGGCCGGGCAGCUGCUGCAGCACCCUGGCCCCCCACAGUCCUUCGGCCUCCCUCCCCAAACACCCCAGGGACAGGCCCCUCUGGGGGCCGCCUCAGCCGCAGCUCACCCUCACACUGCCAUGCAGCUCCCAGCCUCGCAGGCAGCACUGCAGCCCCAGCAGCCCCCCAGGGAGCAGCCCCUGCCCCCAGCACCCCUGGCCAUGCCUCACAUCAAGCCCCCUCCUACCACACCCAUCCCCCAGCUGCCUGCUCCACAGGCCCACAAGCAUCCUCCCCACCUCUCUGGGCCCUCGCCCUUCUCCAUGAAUGCCAACCUGCCGCCCCCUCCGGCCCUGAAGCCCCUCAGCUCCCUGUCCACACACCACCCUCCCUCAGCCCACCCCCCACCCCUGCAGCUCAUGCCGCAGAGCCAGCCUCUGCCCUCCUCCCCAGCCCAGCCCCCUGGGCUCACCCAGAGCCAGAAUCUGCAGCCUGCUACCACUGCCCAUCCCCCCACCAGCCUCCACCAGGCACCCCCACAGCCCCCGUUCACCCAGCACCCCUUUGUCCCUGGCGGCCCCCCACCCAUCACCCCACCCACUUGCCCACCCACCUCAACCCCACCUGCAGGCCCCAGCACCUCUGCCCAACCUCCCUGCUCUGCUGCCCUGUCUUCAGGGGCCAGCACCCCCGGGGUGGCUCCUUGCCCACUCCCCACUGUCCACAUCAAGGAGGAGGCUCUGGAUGAUGCUGAGGAGCCCGAGAGCCCCCCGCCCCCACCGAGGAGCCCGUCCCCUGAGCCCACCGUGGUGGACACCCCCAGCCACGCCAGCCAGUCUGCCAGGUUUUACAAACACCUGGACCGGGGUUACAACUCAUGUGCGCGGACAGACCUGUACUUCAUGCCUCUGGCCGGGUCCAAGCUGGCCAAGAAGAGGGAGGAGGCCAUCGAGAAGGCCAAACGGGAGGCGGAGCAGAAAGCCCGAGAGGAGCGGGAGCGGGAGAAAGAGAAGGAGAAGGAGCGAGAACGGGAGCGAGAGCGGGAGCGGGAGGCCGAGCGGGCAGCCAAAGCAUCCAGCUCUGCACAUGAAGGCCGCCUCAGUGACCCCCAGCUCAGUGGUCCUGGCCACAUGCGACCCUCCUUCGAGCCACCUCCAACCACCAUCGCCGCGGUGCCCCCUUACAUCGGGCCCGACACCCCUGCUCUGCGGACACUGAGCGAGUACGCUCGGCCCCAUGUCAUGUCCCCCACCAACCGCAACCACCCUUUCUACAUGCCCCUGAACCCCACCGACCCCCUGCUGGCCUACCACAUGCCUGGCCUGUAUAAUGUGGACCCCACCAUCCGCGAGAGGGAGCUCCGGGAGCGCGAGAUCCGUGAGCGGGAGAUCCGUGAACGCGAGCUUCGAGAGCGCAUGAAGCCGGGCUUCGAGGUGAAGCCGCCAGAGCUGGACCCCCUGCACCCAGCCACUAACCCCAUGGAGCACUUCGCGCGUCACAGUGCCCUGACCAUUCCCCCAUCUGCCGGCCCCCACCCGUUCGCCUCUUUCCACCCGGGUCUGAACCCUUUGGAGCGGGAGAGACUGGCCUUGGCGGGCCCCCAGCUGCGGCCCGAAAUGAGCUACCCCGACAGACUGGCUGCUGAGCGCAUCCACGCCGAGCGCAUGGCGUCACUCACCAGUGACCCCCUGGCACGGCUGCAGAUGUUCAAUGUGACUCCGCACCAUCACCAGCACUCCCACAUCCACUCCCACCUCCACCUCCACCAGCAGGACCCCCUCCACCAAGGCUCAGCAGGCCCAGUUCACCCUCUGGUUGACCCCCUGACUGCUGGCCCCCACCUGGCUCGCUUCCCCUACCCACCCGGCACCCUCCCCAGCCCUCUGCUCGGCCAGCCCCCCCAUGAGCACGAGAUGCUGCGCCACCCCGUCUUCGGAACCCCCUACCCCCGAGACCUGCCUGGGGCCAUCCCACCUCCCAUGUCAGCAGCCCACCAGCUGCAGGCCAUGCACGCCCAGUCAGCUGAGCUGCAGAGACUGGCCAUGGAGCAGCAGUGGUUACACGGACACCCACACAUGCACGGCGGCCACCUACCGAGUCAGGAGGAUUAUUACAGCCGACUGAAGAAAGAAGGCGACAAGCAGUUAUAAGUUAUUUAUUUGUUAAUGCUGGCUGUGGAAACCCCAAUUCUUGGGGGGAGAAACAGGACUUUUUGCAUACAGUAGGAGCUGCAAAAGCAAGAAGAAUAUCUUCUAAAGAUUUCUUUAUAUAUUUAAAAACCCCACAACUAAAAAUGUAUCGCAUAAUAGUGUUCGUUUGUCGAGAGGAUUUCCUGAGACUGGUUUGGGUCUCCCUGCAUGACAGUCCCCCAGAAACGUAGUGAGUCCCGGACUGGGCUGGACGUCCGGACCCCUGUGAGCGCGCGGUGGCUUCGUGCUCUUCCCCCUGACCCCUCAGUAGGUGCUAGAACCUGUUCACACCCUCACUGUGCACAGACACGCCGAGUUGUGUGGGCUCUGGCCCGCGGGUUUGCAGAUGGGCAGCGUAUGAGUUUGCAAUCCAAGAGCUAUAAUUUUUAAAAGAAUCUUUUAUUUUAGUACAUUGUAGGAAAUCUUCAUAAUUUGAGAAAUUUCUGCAGCAUGGCUUUCUAUGUCUGUAAAUAAAUAAUUUUAGAACAGCUUUCUUUUCCUUCCACAAACUACUGUUCUAUUUUUUCCAGCCAUGUCACUAAUUAUGAAUUCCUACCAGCUAUUGACAGAAUACAGAGUUGAUUUUUUAAUAAAAAGUUAUAUAUAAUUAUCCCUUUAAUUAAAGGGAGCUGAUGGGUGUUACUAAUUACAAACAGGCAGCAGCUUGGGGCUAGGUUCGGUCACGGCGUGAGCACCAGGGCUGGCGGGGACGACGCUACGAACUCUUACUGUGCUGCUUGGCUUCCUCUGUCUGCCCUUCGUGUGCCAGGCCAAGGCGCAGGCGUCUGUGAGCACGAGCCUCUUCCGUUGUGCACAGGUGUGCAGAAGUCCAGUGUUCGCUUUCUGGUGCCUGCUGCCGCCGUGUCCUGUCUCGGGGGAUAGAAAGCGCAUGUUUAUGUGUGUCUGAUGGUAGAUUUCCUUGUAGAGUUCUAUGCACACACAUUUGAUUGUUCUGGAUAAAUCGCCUUUUUAAUACUCUGAAAUUUCCGUAAACAGUCAAGAAGAUUCAAGAAAAUGAUUCCAUACAGAUAACUGAGCACAGGAAAGACCCAGGACAUAACGCUUGCCAAAGGAAUUAGAAACCUGCCCGCCCGUGCAUGUCACCAUUCGGAUCUCCUCGUGGCCAGGCCUAAGCCCAGUCGUCCUCGCCACAGACAGAGGCCGCUUCCAGGGGGGAGACCUGAGGUUAAUGUGGUGCGGGUGGCGUGUGCAUCUUUGGCUCCGAGGCAGACCCAGGCCGUGCCCCACACUGGCCUGGGGAACCACUCACGUCCCAGCCGGCCUCCUGGAGGCGGGAAUAGGAGCCAGGCACAGGCUGCUGGUGGAGAGCAGGCUUGGGCCCAGGAGGUGGCAGCCCGGCGCUGAAGAGCACAGCGCUUGGCUGCCGCCAGCUCUGGGAGCCCUGAGCCAAAGCCAGGUGGGCGCGUCAGUCUCCGUCGGAGCCCCUCCUGUCCUCCUCUCCGACUCCCGAGAGCCCCUCUGCUGUCGCAUGCGUCACUCAGACAAGUGCCUGUGGGUCAGUGGACAGGCUGGGGCCCAGCGUCCAGGUGCGGGUGGAGGGCAGGCUUGCCCCAGACCCCGGCAGGUGUGCCCUCGGCCCCUGGCUCUGGGCCGACCUGCAGCGUGGCGCUCUGGUUUCUAUCAACCACAUUGGUUUUGGUUGGGACAGAUAGGAUUGUUUUGUUGUUGAAAGUGUUUGUAGUUUGGUUUUUGUUUUUUCUCUCAUUCCAUUUCUGCCUUAACUUUAGUUCCUUAGGGGAGGCAAGUUCAGACUAACUCUGUCGUCACACUUCCCGGUGCCUCGGCACAGGGGCGUUUGCUUCCCCCCAGGGAUGGUGACCAGCAUCCAGGCUCUGAGGCUGGCUCUGCCCACUGGGCACAGGGCGGGCACUCCCUGCCUGGGCCCCCACCUCCCGUGCUCAUGUUUUCCCUCUGCUUUUGGUAGAACCCGACAUCUACCAUUGAGUUGAACCUUGGUCUCCUCUGUUACCCAUUUUUCCAAAGAAGAGAAAGUGACGGACUUGCAGUCUGUACUUGAAACCCGUCUGAAGGUGGUGUCUCCUUGUGCUUCGGGUUCCUGGGAGCCCGGCAGAUGAACCCGGCCCCGCCCUCGCGCACCAUCCGGCUGCGCUCGUUGAAGAGGAGCCCCAGGCCUCCAUUCUGCCCUGAAGCCGGCUGCUCGUUUUCCUUUGGACUUUUCUUCCUUCUGUUCGAAGUUCGGUUUUGCUUUCUGUGUUUUGUACGUGUCUUGCUCCAUGUGGUCAAGGUUGAGCUUCACCUCUCACUGCAGCAGAGCAGAGUGUCCGUUCUGAUUUGCUACGUUUCUAUAUAUCUUGAAGCUAAAUGUAUAUAUGAGUAGUUCGCCAUUGGGAUAACACAGUGUAAACAGUAGACACCCAGAAAUCGUGACUUCUGUGUUCUCUCCAUUUGAGUAUUUUGUAAUUUUUUUGAAAUAUUUGUGGACAUAAAUAAAACCAAGCUACACUACUA